CACCUGGAGUUAUUAGAUUCUUCUUUUCAAUAUUACCUGCAUUAAAAUGAUGUCUUUUGACGACUACCAGUUUUUAGAUAGCUUUAAAGGGAAACGUAUCCGGCUCACAACAAAAUUGUGCACAUUUGAGGGCGUUGUGCAGCGCAUUAAUUUGAAUAAAACCGUCGUUUUGGAGGACGUGGUUGAGGUUCAGAGGGGCGUCCAGCUGCGCGGUGCUAAGCUCUUCUUCGGAUACGAAAUCCUGAAUAUUGAGUUUGCUUCCACACCUAACGAAGAACAAACUGCCGACAAGGAUCAUGACAAGGUGGGCAAGCUGAGUCUGGCUGAGUUCCAGCCCUACAGGAACCUGCUGCUAAGUGAUGAAGGUGAUGAUGAUGAUGAUGAUGAAGAGAGGUCUGUGAACUACCUGGUUGUAGAUGAGUUCCAUGAGAAGUUUGGUCCUGCAGUGAUGCACAUCCGGGAGCAGCAGGUGAUCGGGUUGGGAUUGGACGGAGUUGGUGCUUUCCAAAACGAGAGACUCUGCUGGCUCCAGGUAGCUACCAAAAACAAGGUUUACCUUUUCGACAUUUUGUUGCUCGGAGCUCGAGCUUUUAAAAAUGGUUUAUUCAACAUUCUGGAGAGCAGGAGCAUCCUGAAGGUCAUGCAUGACUGCCGGAGGAUCUCCAAGUGUCUGAUGACACAGUUCGGUGUGAACCUGAUGAACGUGUUUGACACACAGGUCGCAGAUGUGAUGCACUUCAACACAGAGACUGGGGGCUUCCUGCCCGCACGGGUGAGCACGCUCCAAGAGAUCGUCAACGUGCACUUAAAAAUGCCUUUGUCCCGUCUGUCGUCUUUACGCAUCAAAGAACAACUAUGUAAGGAAGAUAGAGAAGUCUGGUACAUCCGUCCAUGCCCUGCUUCGCUCAUAAAAGUCAUGGCUCUGUCUGUGAUCCACCUGCUGCCACUUCGUCUUGCACUUUUAGAUGCUCUGAUGUCUGACUACACCAGUCUGGUGGAUUCUUAUCUCAAGACCGGCCAGGAAGAUCCCGUAUGCACAGAGGACAUCGGCAAGACUAGCCUGGAGCUCCCCGAGGAGCUGCGUAAGAUUGAGCUUAUCAAACAUGAGAGACAGAAAUGGGCCUUGGAGCACUAUAACAUAACCAAGGAAGGAUUUCUGGACCGCUACAGCGUCAAGCAGACUUCAGAACCAAGCUCAGAGAUUAAGGAAAGAUCUAGUGAGAUACUGGAUUCCAGCCUCGAUGCUAGAAAAACGUUUUCCUGUCCAGCUGACAAGUCUAACCUAGGAGGAGGAAUUGUACAAGAUAAAAAGACUACUAUGAUGCCAAGUUUAGGAAGGGGACUUAUACUUCCUUCCCCAGUAGCACCAUUUCGGAAUAGCACUGUAGAGAUGGGUCCCCUCUCUAUUAUGAGGGGCGUAGCUCAAACUGCUGCCUGUUCUAUGCCAGUUAUGGGGAGAGGGCUCUAACCGAUCACUGUAGGUCCAGAUUACCCAAGGAAAGAAUCUAUGCAAGGUUGUUCAACGUUUCAGCCAAUGUUUAGUUCAGAUAAGGGCAUUGGCCUAAAGUUGAUGAGAUAACUAGAUGUUAGAAGUUAAAGACAUGAUGUUUUCAUUAUGAUUGACGGGUGGUCCCAUGUUCCAGUUAGUUCUUAUAAUUAAACAUAAGGGCAGAAAUAAUUUAGUUUUGUUUAAUUUAGUAAAUCUGCCUGGUUAUCUGGCUUUUUAUUAUUUUUUAUUUUUACUUUUCAAGCUAAAGUUAGAUUAUUUUUGAAGGAGCUGCAGUACUGAUGUUGUAUUAGUAGAGGGCAGUGUUGCUUACAGAAUAAUUUAAAAAAGCCUUACAUGCUGAGUUGAAUCUGUUUAGUUAACGAGUGGCUGAUUAAUAAUUAGUGUUAAAUGUUCCUGUAGCUCUUUGGAUGCAUUAAUAAUGCAGCAGGAAUGCUGUAAUGUCACUGUUUUCAUUACUGUACUUCAUUACAAUAAAUGUUCAAUGUCGUGUUUAA